AUGCCAGGGAGAAGUGAUUUGCCAGCAACAAAAACAAUAACUGUCUACAGGAACGGAGACGCUUUCUUCCCCGGAAGGAAAAUAGUUGUGAAUCCGCGGCAGGUGUCAACCUUUGAGAGUUUUUUGACCUCUUUGACCAGAGGUAUUGAAGCUCCGUUUGGCGCCGUGAGGAGGCUGUACACACCUGCACAGGGCCACAAAGUUAAGCGUUUGGAUGACUUGAAUCACGGGAGUGUAUACGUUGCAGCCGGAAAUGAGCAGUUCAAAAAGCUGGACUAUUGUCAGAUAACAACCAAGAAACCAGAGAAUAAGAAGAAAGAACAGAUCCGGCCUGUUGUUCACAGCAGAAUAGUAGCUUCUGCUCGCUGGAGAAGAACUACUGAUGAGUCUUGCACAAUAAAUGUCUUUACCAACGGAGAUGUUUUGGUGCCUCCAACUCGAAUACGGAUUCCAAAGUACACUCUCAGAAACUGGGAAAAUGUUUUAGCCAUGGUGACAGAUAAAGUGCAUCUUCGUACAGGUGCUGUGUACAGGCUUUGCACAUUAGAGGGAGAUCCUGUCUGCAGUUCCACUGAACUGGAGAAGAACCAGCACUAUGUUGCAGUUGGUGCAGAAAAGUUUAAAGCUCUCCCAUAUGACCAGUGGGUCCCUAGGGAUUUAAUCUUGGAGAACAACACAGUCGAAAGCCAAGACAUCCUGCCUCCUAUUAGAAAGACAAGACAUGCAAAAGAUGCGGGAGACAUACCUCACCUUGCUACCUACAGAGGGGAUGAGGAGCCCUUUGCUCACACAGGCUUUAGAAAGGACCUUGAGCACACAGCCAGAGGCCAGAUGAAGAAACACACAGCCAAGCCAGAGAGAACCAAACAACAGAGGCAGCUGUCCAGAAACCCAGUACUCUUCUCGACAGGGGAGGGCAGCGUGUUCAGUGCGCAAAACAAAAGAAGUGAGAUGGCAGGAGCAGCAGAGGUGCAGGAGGACCGCCAGGUGAAAGUGGACCUGCCAAUUGAUCAGGUUGAGGCCAAGACAGUUGAAGAGGAGUAUGAAGACAGGAGUUGCUCUGCGAGUCCCUGCAAGGCCCCCCUCCAUGAUUCAGACGUCUUGUGUCUGCAGAGGUCUUUGUCUCAAGGUUCCAGGAAGGAUUGCAACCCUUCUUCAGGGCAAGGAGAGUCAGUAGAAGGCACAGGGCACAAUACUGGCACUGGAGACACAGGAUUAAAGACACCUGAGCCCCAGCUUGGUUACCAUUUCAAAGGCCUUAUUCGCCCCAUCAAGGUCAACUAUAAUCAACUGUAG